AUGUCGUUCAAGAAGGACGAGGACGCCGGCAUGUCGUUCUAUCAUGACAAGACUACUGUCAUCCAGGAAGCUCGAGUGUUCAACGAAUCUCCCAUCUCCCCCCGCAAAUGCAGAGCGCUCCUUACGCGCAUCGUGUAUCUGCUGUACAUCGGAGAGACAUUCUCCACCCAAGAGGCCACGACGUUGUUCUUUGGCGUCACAAAGCUGUUCCAGCACAAGGAUAGUGCGUUGCGACAGAUGGUCUAUCUGGUGAUCAAGGAGCUGUCAAAGAUUGCUGAGGAUGUCAUCAUGGUCACCUCUUCCAUCAUGAAGGACAUGCAGCCCAAUCUCGAGGUGGUGUAUCGACCCAACGCCAUCCGAGCUUUGGCCCGAAUCAUCGACGCUCAAUCGGUCCAAUCGGUCGAACGAUUCUUCAAGUCUGCCCUCGUCGAUCGAUCCUCCUCCAUAUCAUCCGCAUCCCUUGUAUCAUCCUACCACCUGUUCCCUCUGUCGCCCACCAUCAUCAAGCGAUGGGCAAACGAAGCCCAAGAAGCUGUCAAUGCCAAAGCCGUGUCUUCCUACUCUGGUGCCUCUGCCUACUUUGCCGGCGGCAGCAGUUCCAACAGUGGAUACCAGGCUGUGGCAAGCUCCAGCUACAUCAUGCAGUACCACGCCUUGGGCCUGUUAUACUUGAUGAGGGAGAAGGACAGGAUGGCCAUCACCAAGAUGGUGCAGCAGCUCGGCGCCAGUGGGAAGGGGAGCUCUAUUGUGCGGAACCCAAUGGCGGUGUGUAUGUUGAUCAGAUUCGCGAGGAAGGUCAUGGACGAGGAUGCAAACGUCCGCAAGCAGAUGCACGAGUACCUCGAGACGUUGCUUCGACACAAGUCCGAGAUGGUCAAUAUCGAGGCUGCUCGAGCUAUUGCUGAGAUGCGAGACGUUCAGACUGGUGAUCUCUACAAGACUAUCGCUGUCUUGCAACUCUUCUUGAGCUCUCCCAAGCCUGUCAUCAAGUUUGCUGCUGUCAAGACUCUGAGCAAGCUUGCACAGACGCAUCCUCAAGCUGUGUCUGCAGUCAACGUGGAGAUGGAGAACUUGAUCACCGACUCCAACAGGAGUGUCGCUACUUAUGCCAUCACUACUUUGCUCAAGACCGGAAACGAAGCUUCUGUCGACAGACUCAUGAAGCAAAUUUCCUCAUUCAUGGCCGACAUUACCGAUGAGUUCAAGAUCAUCGUCGUCGAUGCUAUUCGAUCCCUUUGUAUCAAAUUCCCCUCCAAGCAGGCCGUCAUGCUGUCUUUCCUUUCCGGGGUGCUUCGUGACGAGGGCGGUUAUGAUUUCAAAUACGCGGUCGUGGACGCCAUCUUUGACAUGAUCAAAUACAUUGGGGACUCUCGCGAUACCGCUCUUGCCCAUCUCUGUGAAUUCAUUGAGGAUUGUGAAUUCACCAAGCUUUCUGUCCGAAUCCUCCAUCUCCUCGGUAUCGAGGGGCCCAAGACCUCCAACCCUACGAAAUUCAUCCGUUACAUCUACAAUCGAGUCGUGCUCGAAAAUGCCGUGGUCCGAGCUGCUGCUGUUAGCAGUCUGGCCAAGUUUGGUGUCUGCGUCAACGACCCCAAUGUGAUGAAGAGCGUCAAUGUACUCAUGAGGAGGUGUUUGGAUGAUGUAGACGAUGAAGUCAGGGAUAGAGCGGCAAUGUACAUCAAGGUGCUAGAGGAGAAGUCCCUGGCGGAUGUCCUUGUCAAGGACGAAGCGCAGUUCUCUCUCGCUACCCUCGAAGAGCAACUUGUCAGCUACGUUCAAGACGAGGGGGCUCACUCUGCUGCCUUUGACAUUAGCUCCGUGCCGAAAGUCAGCAGAGAGCAGGCACAGGCCGAGGUUGCUCAAUCCCGACCCUCUGCCUUGGACAUUGCUGGACCUUCUUCCGCUGUCGUUGCCGAGCCAACUCCGACCCCUUCAGCUGCUGAGGCUCAAUCAUCAUAUGCUGCCCAGCUCGCGGCCAUCCCCGAGCUACAAUCCUACGGCCCCGUGCUCAAGUCCUCCGCCAGACCUGUUGAGCUCACUGAAAGCGAAACAGAGUACGUCGUCAGUGCUGUCAAGCACAUCUUCAAGGAGCACAUUGUAUUCCAAUUCAACGUGUCCAAUACCAUCCCCGAUACUGUCCUCGAGCAGGUUGCUGUCAUCACCCAGCCCAGCCCGGAUUCUGGUCUGGUAGAAGACUUUAUUAUUCCGAUCGAGAGCCUUACCAGCGCGAGUGGGUCAGGUCAAGUAUACGUCAGCUUUACCCGGGAGCAACCGGAGGAGUACGCCGUUGGCACGUUCGAAUGCGGCCUCAAGUUUGUCAGUAAGGAGGUCGAUCCCACCAGCGGGCAACCGGAGGAAGAAGGUUAUGACGAUGAGUACCAGGUGGAGGAGCUGGACCUUGGAGCUGCCGAUUACAUCACCCCUACAUACGUCACAUUCGCUUCCGAAUGGGACAAGCUUGCCCCUUCCCCAUCCCUUGUAGAGACAUUUGCGCUCUCGUCGUCUGAGUCUCUCAAAGAAGCUUGCAACUCUCUCGUUGAGGUUCUUGGUAUGCUUCCCUUGGGCGGCUCAGAAACACCAACGUCAGCCUCGGUACAUACCCUCCAGUUGGCCGGUCUGGUCGUACCCUCGAAUGGGGCUGAAGGGAGCAGCAAGGUGCUGGCGAGAUGCAGAAUGACGUUCGCGGCGGGUGAAGGGGUCACGCUCGAGUUGGGCGUCAGGGCUGAGAAUGAGGAGGCGGCGAAGCUGGUUAUGGCUGCCAUCUAA